AUGGCUGCUAACUGUAUGGUUUUUCACACUCAAAUAGCCUCCAUAAUGGAGGUGCUAGCGAAUGCCGCAGUCGCAGAGGUCUGUAAACUCGUAGACGACAACUAUGCAGUCUUUCGAUUGGAAAUAACUCAAAGCCAAAAAGAAACCAGUGCAUUGCGGAGGAAACUACAGCUACUUGAACUGAAAUUGUCACGGGAGCGCGUCCUCGCCAGUCGUCCCAGAAGUGUAAAGAUCCUCGACCGAUACAGAGGAAUGGCAAGAGGUGAAGGAGAUCUCACUGGAGGCCACAAGAGCUUUGUGAAGCAAACGGGAAACAAUACAUGGAGAGAUGACCAACCAAUCACUGUUGAUGAGGGGAGUCGAACCUCAACCCAGCACGUUAUCGUGAUAGAGGAUGCAGAGGUUGCAGGUCCUGGGGUCAAGCAGGAGAGGUCUGAAGGAGAGGAGGACCCACAGCACAGCAGAGACAUCCAGAUUGCAGUGGCUGGAGCUUCCCCUGAAGCCACGGAGGACCUCGCCGCCACGCCCCAGCCCAGGACCCGACGCAGCAUCAUGGAGGAGCAGGCGGGUCCAGAGGUGCUGCUGAUGAAGGAGGAGGGGUGUGAGGAGGGUCUGGGGAACCCUGAGGGAACCAUGGUCAUGGAGGACAAUCAGACUACACCUCCACCUGAGUCAGUAGACAUGGAGGAUUGGAAGCCUGAUCUGCUGCUCAUCAAAGAGGAGACCAUAGAGGACCGACCAGAGAGCAUUGACCUGCUAAGUGGACUAAAGAUGGGGGAGCAAGGUGGUUGGCUGGAGGAUGACAGGGAAGACUGGGCGGCCAUCUUGGAUUCCCAGAUGGGUGCAGCCAAGGGCCCGGUGGACAACAUCACUGACCAGGCCAGGACCAGAGGCGACAUAGUGGAGGACAGUGGAUGGGACAGCGUCCUCAACUCUAGGCUGCGCGACAACACUGUUAACCACAACCAGAAAAAGACAAUCGAACACAAAACAACAACCAAAUUUAGUCUCCAUGACAACAGAUUGUCUGAAACCAGGAUGAGACAUAGAUUUGGUCUGGGGGGGCGGGGAGGAGUCCAUAUGCAGCUGGAGAGAACAGACAUAGACUCGGUUAGCGAUGCUCCAUCCUGCUCCUAUAGUUGUGAUCCAGAGAGAAUGAUGACGCCUCAGGUUAACCCCCUAACAGGUGCUGCCUUCAGCCUGCCUUCUUUAGGAUCUAUUAACUGGAACAUGGACCCUGCAACAACACAGACACUCCCUGGUCUUUGUCCUCCUCACACUUCCCUAAUGUUAAACCAGACCUCAGACAAUGCCAGUGCCUCAACACUCAAUGGCUACACAAGCCCAUUGACAAAUGACAGUAGUAGUGAUGGAAUCAGUAAAGGUGGCAGCGCCAAAGAGAAGCGCUUCUCGUGUUCGUUCUGUGGGAAAGUAUUUAGUUUCCCCAAACAGGUGGCGAUCCACCAGAGGAUGCACACGGGGGAGAAACCGUUCGGCUGCCACCUGUGCCGGGCCAGUUUCUCGGACUCGUCCAACCUGAAGAGGCACCAGAGGGUCCACACAGGGGAGAAACCCUACAGCUGCCCCCAGUGUGAGAAGAAGUUCUCCCACCAGCCCCAUUUGAAGAGGCACCUGAAGAUCCACACUGGGGAGAAGCCGUUCGCCUGUAUUCAGUGCGGGAAGAGGUUCUCAGAGAGGGGCUACCUCAGGAUACACCAGCAGAAAAUGCACACCGCCCAUGUAUAGAGUAAAGUGACAAAGUAGUGAAGAUGUGUGUAUUGCAAUGUUGAAUCUUUUCCAAAGUAUUCUAAAAUGAAUUUGAUAAAUGUGAGGGUUCCAGAUUUACUGAAAAGUUUGUUACCAUAGUGAGAAAAGUUAUCGUACUAAAUUUUGUGAGUGUAUGACCAUUUUGUUUAAAUUAAAUACAAAAUUGACUCUG